CCUUUCCUUCUGGUGGCAGCCAUCAGGUAAGCCAAGAUGGGUGCUUACAAGUAUAUCCAGGAACUGUGGAGAAAGAAGCAAUCUGAUGUGAUGCGCUUUCUUCUGAGGGUCCGCUGCUGGCAGUACCGCCAGCUCUCUGCGCUGCACAGGGCCCCCCGUCCCACCCGGCCAGAUAAGGCGCGCAGACUGGGAUACAAGGCCAAGCAAGGUUAUGUCAUUUAUCGGAUUCGUGUGCGCCGUGGUGGACGCAAACGGCCAGUACCUAAGGGUGCAACCUAUGGCAAGCCUGUCCAUCAUGGUGUGAACCAAUUGAAGUUUGCUCGAAGCCUUCAGUCUGUUGCUGAGGAGCGAGCUGGACGCCACUGUGGGGCCCUGAGAGUCCUGAAUUCUUACUGGGUUGGUGAAGAUUCCACAUACAAAUUCUUUGAAGUUAUUCUCAUUGAUCCAUUCCAUAAAGCUAUCAGAAGAAACCCUGACACCCAGUGGAUCACCAAGCCAGUCCACAAGCACAGGGAGAUGCGUGGCCUGACGUCUGCAGGCCGCAAGAGCCGUGGCCUUGGGAAGGGCCACAAGUUCCACCACACUAUUGGUGGUUCUCGUCGUGCUGCUUGGAGAAGGCGCAACACUCUCCAGCUCCACCGUUACCGCUAAUAUAAAAGUAAUGUUUGUAAAAUUCAUACCUAAUAAACAGUUUAGGACAGUCAACGUCUACUUAAAAGUGUUCUUUAAUUUUGUCUGUUAAAAAACAGUAGUUGUCUGCAGAUUGUUUCAUGAAUGCAUUGUCACAUUAUGAAAGUAAAAGUGCAAUAAUGUUUGAAGACAAUAAGUGAUAGUGUAUCUUGUUUCUAAUAAGGUAAAUGCUUUUGUCUUUGCUUUAUCUUAUUAGAGAGUUAUGUCAGUGUUUAAAAUGACAUACUGUAUGCUAAAAUAGGUAAAAUAAAUUC